UGCCCUAAUCAGAGGCCCCAAUUCUCUCCGAUAUGAAAGGAAAACUUUUUCUCCCAACUCAGCCUCUCGCUUUUUUCCUUUUCUCUUCUCUUCUCUCCAUUCUCUUUCCGCUCCGUCCUCCUCGGCGCUCUCUCCCCCCCUCAAACAAACCUCUUGGGCGUCUACACAUGGCACCCGCAGCACCGUCCUCGCCUCCAUGACGCGGAGCUGUUCGCUCCACCGCUGCUCGUUCAUUGUGUUCGCUCAAAGAUGCACCUCUUCCUGAUCCGCCAUGGCGAGACGGUCGACAACGUUGCUGGCAUCUACGCCGGGUCGCGGGAUUCGGCGCUGACUUCGCACGGCGUGCUGCAAAUCCGCAGGCUGGCCACGCACCUGGCCGAGGAAGAGAAGCUGGCAUUGAAGUUCAUCUUCUCGUCGGAUCUCCAGCGCGCGGUGAAGACGGCCGAGGCGAUUGCGGCGGAGCAGAGGCGUGUCUGCUCCCGGGACAUUCCGGUCGUCGAGCUUUCCGAGCUGCGGGAAAAGGACUUUGGAAGUGAUGAAGGCAUGAAGUUUGGAGACUCGAGAGGCCGCGCGCCGGAUUCCGAGACGGCCGAGUCGAUGAAGGCGAGGGUCGACGCCUUUCUCGACGAGCACCUGCUUCCGCUCCUCAGCGCUCACAUUGACGGAAGUCCAUCGACAUGCGCCAUCGUCUCCCAUGGCAUCAUCCUCGGCGUCCUCUACCGUGAGCUCUGCGCCCGCGUCAGCCGAGGCGGCAUCACGGUCGACCCAAACCCCAGUGCCGCCAGCUCCCUCAUCUCCCCUCCCUUCUGGGACAACACCGGCUUCCUCGAAUGCACCGUGUCCAUGACCGAGGCCGUGGCAGAUGAGGACAAGUCGCUGCCGUUGAUCCUGCACGUCAGUCGCGUCAACUGCACCGUUCAUCUCAGGGACUUGAAAAAGACCCGCGGGGGCAUUGGCAGCGCCGCCUUUGACGAGAAACAACGCACUCUGACAUCGUUUUUUGUGCCGGGCUCGAAGAAGCGCAAGAGCCAUGAUAUGAGUGCUGGGUAAUGCGGCGCUUACCCAGUCAUUCUGUUUUGCAAUGAAACGCAUGAAACUUGAUGAAUCGAUACAAAUAGAUAGACAAAUAGAAUAUGAUACCUCUUUGAUACCUCUACCUUCUUUUUUUCUUGUACCUUGAUCCUUCAUGCAUGCUUGCCUGUGACUUGGGUCUUUGAAUCGUAAAUUGUUCUCAUGGUGUUGUAUACCUGUGCCAUCCUCAACCCUCUUGAGAGGUAAACU